AUGGUUGUAUAGAUGAAUGACGGGGACGAAUAAAUGGAACCAUACUCCGACGUGAUAGCGAACCAGCCCGUUGUGAUAGACAACGGGUCUGGGGUAAUUAAGGCAGGUUUUGCUGGAGACCAGGUGCCAAAAUAUCAUUUUCCUAAUUUUAUUGGUCGGCCUAAACAUGUGCGUGUCAUGGCCGGAGCUUUGGAAGGGGAUGUUUUCCUUGGUCCAGAUGCUGAGGAACAUCGUGGCUUGUUGACGAUACGAUAUCCCAUGGAGCAUGGCACCGUGAAAGAUUGGAAUGAUAUGGAGAGAAUCUGGCAAUAUAUUUAUUCUAAGGACCAAUUACAAACAUUUUCAGAAGAGCACCCUGUGCUAUUGACAGAAGCGCCAUUGAAUCCUAGAAGAAAUCGAGAAAAGGCUGCAGAAGUUUUUUUUGAAACAUUUAAUGUGCCAGCCUUGUUUAUCUCCAUGCAAGCUGUAUUAAGUCUGUAUGCGACAGGUAGGACAACAGGUGUUGUGUUGGAUUCUGGUGAUGGAGUCACACAUUCUGUGCCCAUCUAUGAGGGUUUUGCAAUGCCUCAUAGUAUUAUGAGAUCAGAUAUUGCUGGCCGUGAUGUGACACGUUACCUGCGACUUCUUUUGAGGAAGGAGGGAUACAACUUCCACACAUCUGCCGAGCUAGAAAUCGUAAAAACCAUUAAAGAGCGUGCAUGCUACUUGUCUAUUAACCCUUUAAAAGAAGAGUCAAUGGAAGCAGAGAAGUCCCAGUAUACACUACCUGAUGGUAGUACAAUAGAGGUAGGACCAGCGAGGUUUAGAGCGCCUGAAUUGCUAUUUAGACCCGACCUGAUUGGUGAAGAAUUUGAGGGUAUACAUGAAGUGCUGGAGUAUUCUAUACGCAAGUCUGACAUGGAUCUACGGCGCACUCUUUUCUCUAAUAUAGUUUUGUCUGGAGGUUCAACACUCUUCAAAGGUUUUGGUGACAGACUGCUUAGUGAGGUUAGGAAACUAUCUCCAAAGGAUAUAAAGAUUAGGAUUUCUGCACCGCAAGAAAGAUUAUAUUCUACCUGGAUAGGUGGGUCCAUCUUAGCUUCACUUGACACGUUUAAGAAGAUGUGGGUGUCUAAACGUGAGUACAAUGAAGAAGGAGUGAAGGCCAUUCACAGAAAGACAUUUUAGCCCAACAUCAAUGUUAGUAUGCGGCUUGUAACAAACUAUCAUCAUGUACAUACCUGGUGUAUUUAUCUACAGAACUGGAUCACAGCCAUCGGAAAUCAGUGUGUGUAACUUACUUCUGAAAUGACACCAUUCUGUUAUAAAAGGAUACAGGUCAAGAAGAUCACAUUUGAAAGGAAAAAUAAUUUGACUUAAAUUUAUUUAUUUAUUAAUUUUUUUUUGCCAAAGAGAUAUAUACUGAGAAAGUGGCCAAUAUCUAAGAUGUGAAAGUCAUUUAUUUUAAUUUUGAACUUUAUGGUUUCACAUAUUUGUAGUCCCUAUUUGGUUAUUUUUUGUGAUGAAUUUAAAGAUUUUUUUUAAAAAGUUGAAAUUUAUCCCUGAUUCUUUUCUGAAAAAUUUAUGUUUUGCAGUUUACAGCUUUUGCUAAAUGUAUAAACACCCAGCAUUAUCUCUUCACAAUUUGUUCUUCUUGGUUUGAAUGGUGGGGUCAAUUGUAUGAGGGUUCGCGGAGAACUGUGAUACAAUAAUUUCGAGACUGUUCUGUCUGGGGUCAUUCAAUGAAGGCUGUUUCCUUCCAAAGGACUGUGCUAUUACGGCUGUUCUGUCCUAGUGUUCUGUGGGACUAUGACCAUGUCUACAGAAAUCUCAAGUAUUUGCUUAGGUGGUGUUCUGAUACUGCAGUAAGAUUUGAAUUACAGAGCGUUAUUUUAGUCAAGGGUAUAAAAAGUGUUCUAUAAGUUCAUUAGUGCGGAUGAUAAAAUUAUUUUUGCUUUUUUGUGUACAACGUCAAAUGCAUGCAUGAGUCGCUCUACCUAACUCAAGUUUAGGGUCAAGAAUGCUAGGAUAAGAGGUAAUCAAUUAAACAAUUCAGCCAAUGAAGAAGUGGUUUUUGAGGAGAUGAAUUCACUAUUAACAUAAUGAUAACAUAAGAUAAAAAUUUCGUGAACAAAAUUGUGAGAUUGAUUAUCAAAUUAAAGUUUUCCUGUACAAAUUUAUACAUAUAUACAAACAUAUGUAUAUACAUAAGCAUAUACCUUUUCAUUAAAAUUGAGUGUAUACUCAAAAUAUUGUCGGUAUAGUUCUACAUUUAAUGAGUGCCAGGGAGAUUUGAAACAGGAAUAACUGACAAGGUCAUAUGUUGUGGUCAAGGUCAUACUUAAAGGUCAUUGUCAAGAGCACCAGUAACUGUGUUCUAUCAUAGUCGUCCACAAAAAAAUACUCCUCUUGUUUCCCAUUUUGUUGAUGUGGAAAUGUUAUACAUGUAUGUGAAAUUGUGAUGUUAGUGCUAAUAGUUGCAUUGUAUGUAAUGUACUGCUACAUCAUAUAAACUACUUUUUUACCUCUCAACCCUUGUAAAAGGAUUUAGUUUGAUCCAUGUUAAAAGAAAAGGCUAUACCAACUUUGAAUUUAGGGGUCGGUGCCUUUUGUGUACACCAAACCAUGUUUUGUGAGAUUUUGCAAAAGCAACUGUGGAUGAAUUUUAUGAUUUAAUAUUGUCACUAAUGAAUUUUUGUUUACAAUAAAUUUGUUUAUUUUAAUUUUGUGUUCUCAAAGACCUACUGUUCAUGCAAACAAAAUCUUUCAGGAACAUUAAAUAUCCAACUAGAUAGAAAAUUUUGUCGUGCUUGACUUGUUCACAAUAUCCAAUAUCCAGGGCAGAUAGAUAAGUUUAAAAAAUGGGACAUCGGAGUUGUUCUUGUGACUUUUGUCAAAUUUUUUUCUUUGAAAUAAGAUAAAGAUGAUAUAAAUACUGUGAAGGGUCGUACUUUGUAAUAAUGAUAGUUAAUGGUGGAUGAUACCGGAAUCACACAACUUUGAAGAAACCAAGAAAUUUUUUGUGUUUCUCUACUUAAUUACUAAUUAUAUUAAAAUCUUUAUACAUUUUAUAGCAUUUGUACAUCAGACAUCAUAGAAAGGUUGUUUCUUUUUUUUUUUUUGUCAAAUAGGUAAUGUUUUCACAUAGUAUUUUAACUAUUCUUGCCUUAGGUAAUUACAAUCUUUACAAAAACACCAACAGAUAACCUAUAAAAAUCAAGCAAGUAAGGACAUUCAAAUGUAUCUCUCAAAGCUAGUCAAUGUUAUUUUGUAGUAUUUUCGUGAAUAAACUAUGGAUGAGGUGUUAUUUUCAUUUUUGCUUGAGUCGGAUAUAGCUGUCUAAUAAUAUCGUGUAAGUUCAUAACAACUCCUGGGUUACACUAUAAAUGUCUGAACAUGAUGGUACAUGUGUGUUAUUUGCAUAAUUUGUUGAUGUAAAAGAUCAAGAGUAAAACCCCAAUUUUGGGUAAAUUUAAAAUAAAAUAAAAGAUAUGUUUAAUUUAUAAAUUUCAAAUUUCUUCCCUUCCUGUUCUUGGACCAUUUUUAAUUUGUUUAAUACUGGAAAAAAAGGAAGAAAAAUUGUUUUAGAAUUUUACUAUUAAAUUGAAGUCCUCUGUAAUCUUCCCUUUCCUUUAUCAGAUCAAUGAUGUUACUUCUCGCUUAACCAUCAGGACCCAACACAGUGUACUAUUCAUUUGUCCACUGUUAAUGAUUCGCAGUGUAGAAUUGAUUUGAAACAGAAAAAGUAGGCAAGCCAAAAGAUUACCCAUGUUGACUGAUAUAUAUUAACCAUAGACACAUCCAAAAAAUUACCAGAUUAUGCCUGAAAUGGUAAGGGCGGGUAAACUAGUUUGUACGCUUGAAUGAAUAGACCAUUUGUAAUAUCCUAUCCAUGGGAGGUAAUCUGGAAAUGUCCGAUCUGUUGGAGGUAAUCUGGAAUAUCCCAUCUAUAGGAGGUAAUCUGGAAAUGUCCGAUCUGUUGGAGGUAAUCUGGAAAUGUCCCAUUUGUUGGAGGUAAUCUGGAAUAUCCCAUCUAUAGGAGGUAAUCUAGAAAUGUCCGAUCUGUUGGAGGUAAUCUGGAAUAUCCCAUCUAUAGGAGGUAAUCUGGAAAUGUCCGAUCUGUUGGAGGUAAUCUAGAAAUGUCCCAUUUGUUGGAGGUAAUCUGGAAUAUCCCAUCUAUAGGAGGUAAUCUGGAAAUGUCCGAUCUGUUGGAGGUACUCUCGAAAUGUCCCAUCUGUGGGAGGUAAUCUGGUAGUGUCCCAUGUAUGGGAGGUAAUCUGGAAAUGUCCCAUAUAUGGGCAGUAAUCCCAUAAUGACCCAUCCAUAGAAAGUAAUCUGGUAAUAAUGUAGUACAUAUAUGUGUGCAUGCUUUUAAGUAAUUUUUUUUUCUAUUUUUAGAUUUACAUUAGUGAGGUGUGUGUAUGAGAAGUGAAUUAGCUGUACCUGCUUGCCCUAGUAUAAAGUUCAUCUCAUCAGGCACAAAUAACUGGUUUAAUAGUCUGCUGGAUCCAUUGUAUUUUCAUUUUAGUUGUAGACUAUUCAUUUUGACAAAGCUGGGUACUUAUGAACACAUCUGGCCAUCAGAUAUUCUACUUAUGGAGAACACUUUCUCUCGGUUUUGAAAUGGAGAGAAAAGUCUAUUUCCACCUCCCCCCUCCUUCCUCCCUUUGUUUCGUUGAUAUGGGCUAAGAAACUGGUGUACUGAAGUAAAGGUUUCUCUUCAGACUUAAGGGAAAACAUUUUCAGACUCAUUGUGCCAAGUGAUGAACAGAAAAUCUGUCAUAUCAUGGACAGAAAGUUUGCUGUUAGAAGGAAAGUCCACAGUGCAAGGGAGUCGGUUUGACUGACAGGAGGUCAUCUGAGGAAAAGAAAUCUUUAUCCUCUGACUGGCUUGCCGAAUCUGUGGUGACUUGAAUAAUGAGGCUGAACAAAACAUGUGUGACUGCCUGAUGUAAUAAAUACCAUGCAAUCAUGGUAAAGUUCUGAUGUAGGAACGUAUAAUUUCACACUCUUUUGACCAAUAAUUGUGUAACCACUGUUUGUGUUAAAAUUGAUGAGUGCAAUAUAAAAUUUCUCAUGGCUAACCAUUCUUGUUUAGUGCAUAUGUUUUUGGUGCGAUUUCCCCAAUAUGUUUGCUUAUUGGGAUUCUUGAGCCAGUACAAGUUCAUAGAUGUUGUUUGUGAUUCUCACUGCUUUAACAUCUUUUAAGCAAGUAUUAAAAGAUACACUGUCAAACAUAUCAACACCUAACAUUUUUUAAAAGUCUUUCUAAGUAAGAAGUCCUAACAAUUUUAUUAAAGUUUGCAAAAAUAUACAUGAAAGACUAAUUGCUUCUUACUAUCUCCAUUUGGGAGAAUUCCUGUAUAGCUCAAUCAGUAGAGGUUAAUAAAAAAAAGUGCUAAUAAAAGAGAGGUUCUAGGUGUAAUCCCUUUUGGAGAUAAUGCUCUGUAUUAAACAACAUUUAAAGAAAAUUCUAGACUGAUGCUUUCAAACGUGUGUAUUGUACAGUAUUUAUUGAUACACCUACUUUAUCUAACUGCAAGUCCACAAAGUUGGUCCAAGCGAGGUUAUAUUGAAGAGUCUGCAAGAUUGGAACCAAGAUUAUUUCUAGCAUUGAAGCCCAAUGUGCAGUGGAUGUUGUUGCUGUGCAUAAUUAAUUGCAUAUAGCAUACUACUACACUCUGGUUGGUCAACAGAUCACACAAUAGCUACAUAGGACCAAAUUUUGAUGAAAUUUGAUCCGUUAUUGAACUGAAAUGGUGAAGUUAAAAUGUAAACAAAAUCUGCUGGUAGUUAAAGAGAACUCCGAAAGAUUUUGUGUAAUAUUUAUGAUCAUAGCAAAUGGAGACGAAGAUGAAAUAUUUAUUUUGAAGGUAAAGCGAAACAAACCUGACACAUUGACCAAUUUCUUAGAGGUACUGAAAAAUCUAUGACAGAAAUAUUUAUCAAGCUUAUUUAGAAACGUGUUUCAUCAGGAUCUUCAAAAUAAUUCAGCCCCACAGAAUAAUGUAAUACUACAAUUUUUUUUCCUCUUAAAUUCUUAAUUUCAGAAAAUUCUAAGUAUGUUCCUUUAAAUAAUAAAAUGCAGUGGAUGUUACAUGGCACAAACAGGAGUAUAAUUUAUAUAUUACAUUUGCUGGAAAGUGGUGCCUUGUAAAAUCUGCGAUGGAAUUUUUAUGAAAGUUUGAGAAUGGAGUCUAGUGUAUAGAUGUACAGCAUUACUUAGUUUCCUUUACAGCUUAUCUCUGCCCUGUUCCAUUGUCUUGAAAUAUUCCCGUCUUGAACAAAUAUGCUUACUAUUAGCUUCUGGUUAUACUAUUGAAGACGAGAGAUCUAGAUUGGUGUUAAAAAAUGGUACAAGUGGUGAUGGGAAAAUUGUAUUUUACUCACCCAACCCAUUCCAGUGAUAACAUAUUAACUGUAAGGAGGCUUCUUAAGAUAUAUUGUGUAAAUGAAAGUUACACUGAUGAAUAUGUUAUCGUGGAAACAAAAAAGGAAAUAAAAUAUUUCAAUUCGA